AUCCGGGAUCAUGACCUGAGCUGAAGGCAGUUGCUUAACCAGCAGAGCCACCCAGGAGGCCCAAACUCCAGUUUCUAUGGAUUCCAGUGACACAGACCAACACCAGACCUGCGAGGUGUCAGAGGUCUCACCAAGCUCCUGCUUCUUCUGGACCCCUCCCAGGAAAGUGAUCACCCAACUAUGCUGUGAUUCGGAGUACAGGGCUUUACAUAGUAGAAAGCCGGGACGUAGCUUCAUGGUUUUCAGCCAUUUUCCCUAACUGAUGUCUGGGAACUCUGAAGCAUUCGGGCCCCACCUGGUCUUCUGGGGACCACCGGGAUCCUGAGAUCAUGCUGUCACACCUGGAACAUCACCUCACUUCACCCCUUGAACACUUUUAAGCCAGGAAUGUCCCAGACAGGGGUAGACACCUAAGUGUUUCAAUCAUGCACCUGGCUGUCGAUGGAAACUUUGCAGUAGGCUCCUUCAGAGAAGGGACCAUCCCUGUCAGGCACAAUGGCUUAUCUAAGGUCCAAACCAGACAUUGGCUGAAACCACCCCCGCGAUGCCUCAGGAUAUUUCGAGGGAGACGCCAUAAGAACGCUCCAGAGGACAUGGUGCAGGAGCUGAAUGUCGACAUCCCCUGCUAUCCUUCCCCGAAGGACAAGAAGCCACACAGGGCCAACAGAGUCUGGCGCUGGCUCAGGGGGAAAAAUGGCUCAACGAGGAAGAGGAAUAAGACCUUGAUAGUAUGGAACACUCGUGCCAGUUCAUUGGAGGCCGCAAUAGAUUACCUGGUGACUGCCGUCAUAAAACAAGAUCUAAACUAUGUUCACUCGUUUCUGGAAAUAUACCGCACCUUUACUACCACCCAGGAGGUGCUGGGCCUCCUCUUUGCAAGAUUCGGAUGUGUUUACUCCACGUAUGACGAGGUCGGCGGACCCCAGGAGCAGUGCAACAUGGCUGUCUAUGCCAUCCUGGAUAUGUGGGUGGAAAGGUAUCCAGGGGAUUUUGUGCAGCCUCCGGAGUUUCCCAACUUGCAUGCUGUACUGGCCUACCUGCAGGUCAAUGUGCCUGGCUCGGACCUGCAGCGCCGUGCCCAGCUUCUGCUGCCAGAAAGGCAGCGCGCUGAGACCACAGAGCCAGAUGCUGGGGGUGAGGAGGACUGGGGGUGACUGAUGUGGGCCUGAGGAGGAGGCAGGGUGGGCCACCCUGAGGAAGCCUCUGUAGAUUGUAGUUGGGCUGAGAGGA